AAAAUCUGAACAAUCACGUUUUAAAAAUCGAAAGUGAAAUCAGUUGUAACUUUUUGUUUCUGUUAGUGAGCCAUCAUUGGAGACGUCAGGUUUGCUAUUCUGCGUUAUAUUUUAGAGGAACAACGCCACCGUUUUCUUGUUUCGUUUUUUCGUUCUUAAGGAACUAAGCCGCUUCCCGCGAGCGACAGCUCCUGCUGCCAGCGGCCGAGGCGCUGCUCGGACCCGGGACGUCCCCGCCCAGCCGCCGGGUUCCGGCCACCCGGGCGGCCAGGCUUUCCGGAAGGGCGAGCGCGCGGGGCUGGAGCGCUGCUCCGGGCAGGUGGACGCGGUAAACCAGGAAUCAUGGCAGCCGGUGAAGACAACAAACAGCAAGCUUUGAAGGAAUAUCCAGACAAAAUGUUGGAUAAUGCAGAAAUUGAGAGAUUAAUUGAUGAUAUUGCAAAGGAAAAUGCCCUGCUGAAGGAGGAGAUCCAAAAGUUUGAAGCUGAGUUGCAAGAGAACCCCGGAGACUUCCAGAUUAAAGAAGAUAUUCCUGGAACAAAGAUGAAAUUCAUAUCAGUAGAGAAUCCUGUGAAUGACAACCAGUUUUUAAAUGUUUCCUGUUCAUUUCAAGUGAAUCUGGAAGUUCCUUAUGAGCUACAAAAAGGACAAGCACUUGUAACAUUUGAACAGGAGGAAGUUGCUCAAAAUGUGAUAAGAAUGGGGAAUCAUUGUGUGCAGAUACAGGAUAUAAACAUGAAGGUUAAUGCCAAGCCGGUCCCAUUAAACUCAGGAGUCAGAUUCCAGGUUUGUGUAGAAAUUUCUAAAGUGAAGAUUAAUGUUAAUGGAAUUCCUGAUGAAUUGCCUGAAGAUCAGAUGCGGGAUAAACUAGAACUGAGUUUUUGUAAGACCCGAAAUGGAGGUGGAGAGGUGGAAAGUGUCAACUAUAAUAAGCGGACCGGAAGUGCUGUCAUCACAUUUGUGGAAACUGGAGUUGCUGACAAGAUUUUGGAAAGGAAAGAUUAUCCUCUUUACACAAAUCAAAAGUGCCAUAGAGUGAUUGUUUCUCCAUACAUGGAAACACAUUUGAAAAAGUAUCAGGCAUUUUCAGGGGUAUCUAAGAGGACUGUGCUUCUGACUGGAAUGGAAAACAUUCAGAUGGAUGAGGAGAUUGUAGAGGACUUCAUUGGCAUUCACUUCCAACGGGAGAAGAAUGGAGGUGGAGAAGUCGAGGUGGUCAAGUGCGCGCUGCAGCAACCUUACACAGCAUAUUUUGAAGAGUAGACUCAUAGAGUCAUAUGAAAAUUACAGCUGUGACCAAAGUCAUUGUAAUAUUUGACAAAAACUAGUACUAUUUUCCUCACAAAAGGAAAACUUUUAAUUCUUCAGUGUCCAUUAAUUCUUAGAUACAAAGUAUAUUUCCAUGUGUUUAGCUCCUUCAUGGUAUCUAACUGUGCUGCAUGUUCUCAAAUGGAGUAAGUGUCCUGUAUUGAAAACAGUUUUGUUCAUCAAUUAUACAGAUGGUCUCCAGUCUGUUGAAAUCAACUUUAAGUGGCCUCGAAGUCCUCCUGCCUUUACUGGCUCAUUCUGCAUGGUCAUGUGGGCCAACUGGGUUGUGAUCCCAUGCCCAGCUUGUAGACUUGAUGCUUAACAUUUUUAAAAAUGCAGUGACAUUUAGCAGUUGCUGGUUUCUGUGGACUUUACCAAAGAUUCAAGGCAUUUCACUCUGUAACUCUGAAGAUUCUCAGAGCUGAGUGUGGUUGUUUUCCUGAAGCUUGCCAACCCUCCCUUGACUGCUUUCAAGCUAUCUUCUUCUAAAUAGAGCUUGUUAAGGCCUGUAUUUUCUUUUCUUUUACACUUUAAUGGAAAGAAUCAGAAGACUUUGAAAUAAAGAGAGAAGUAAAUACAAAGUUAGUAAUUCAUCAUGUUUGAUGCUUGGGGUUAAAAACGCAGUACUUGCCCUCUAAGAGCUGAAAGUAGUUGGAGAGAGACCUAGUUUAUUAGUAUCCAACUGUUUUUACCUUAAAGAAACAUAAGUGAUAAAAAUCAGAGGUUCCUAUUGAAAGAAGAUAAGAUUUUAUUUUUGGUUAAGAAGCUUUACAAGAUUUUAUCCUAAAAUAGUUUGUUUCAUGAAGUGCUGGAAGCAGAAUUAAACUCAUGAAAUGUCAGCAUAAACGAAAUGCAUUUACAAGGUGUUCUCCACCUAAGCCUAUCCAAUGUGCCUGCCAUCUAAAAAAUCGCAAAGAAAAGCUUGGUUUUGCUUCUAACAUUAGGUUUUAAAGUUAUGUUGCGGGGCCAGUGCUGUGGUGUAGUAGGUAAAGCCUGCAGUGCCGGCAUCCCAUAUGGGUGCUGGUUUGAGUCCCAGCAACUCCACUUCUGAUCCAGCUCUCUGCUGUGGCCUGGGAAAGCAGUAGAAGAUGGCCAAGUCCUUGGGCCCCUGCACCCACGUGGGAGGCCUGGAAGAAGCUCCUGGCUCCUGGCUUCGGAUCAGCACAGCUCCGGCCGUUGUGGCUAUUUGGGGAGUGACCCUCAGCCUCUGAAACUCUGCCUUUAUGUUGCUAUCAGAAAUACUCAUUAGUCUCAUUUCUCUUAGGAAUGAAAGAAGGUAACUAAAAACUACUCGCUUUAUAGUAAUUUUAUAUUUACUGUUAAAAAUAUACUUCUUGUCUAAUGUUCUUUGGGAAUGGUAAAAUUAUGUAAACUAAAAAAUGUAAAAGUCUAUGUUCUGUUCCUAUAACCAAACACCUGAACCUGGGUAGUCUGUAAAGAGCAGAAUUUUGUAGCUCACGGUCUGGAGAGUGGAGAGACCGAGAGCGUGGCACGAGCACCUGCUUGGCUUCUGGUCAGGGCAUUCUUGCUACAAGCGUAGUACAUGUUGAGAUGAACCAAGCUCAUCAGGUAGAACUUGCUUCCAUAACAAAGCCAUGCCUGUGAUAACCUAUUAUUCCAUUAUUCCAUGAAUCCAUUCACAAGGGCAGAACCAUUACAAACCAACCACUUACCAAAAGCCCCAUCUCCAAAUACCAUUGACAUAUAUUUUCUGAAUGGAAUUUCCAAUACAUGAAUUUUAGAGACAUUCCAACCAUGGUAAAGAAAAAGGGAACUUAAAAUACCUUUUAUGUUUCUGUUGAAGUCUUACUAGCACAGAGAAUAUUAAUCAUUAUGGUAGAUUCCUCAUCAGGAAGAAUGUUUUCCUGUUAUUUAGGACCAAGCUUGAAACAGUCACUUUGUUUCUUCAGGAUCUUCUUUGAGUCAGAAAUUGAUAAUUUAUCCAAUUCUAAAUCUUCAUAAUGGUUUUUGAUAAAUAUGAUUUAAUCUUUGAAUUUCUGUCCCCAACACCCAAAGGCAAUCUGGCAGGACAUUAGAAAUAAAGCGUUGAUUCUCUUAUUCCUAGAGUUUUAGGAUUUAGCCAUAAGAAAAGUGCCUUGAAAACUUACUGAAUUCACUGUAUUGACUAUCUAACGUAUUGAAUAUAUCAGCAUUCUACUUCAGAAUAGGAAUUUCUGUAUCAAUGAGAAUAGGCUAUGUGAUACUGAUGUGACAGAUUAUCUCCCUCAAUUUCAGAGGCCUAAGACAACAAAGGGUUAUUCCUUGCUCAUGCUGUAUGUCCAUGAUAGACCAACAAAAAGAGCUCUGCUCAAUGGUAAACACUUAGGGGCCCAGGCUAAUGGCAGCCAUCACUCUUUCAUGUUACUGAGUGACAUGCCUAGGGAAGAAAAGAGCUUUGGAGAGUCUUAAUUAGCACUGAAAUUCAUAGCCUAGGAAUGAUAUUUGCCAUUUCCCCUCACAGCCCAGAACUUAGCACAUGGCCCCAUCUGAGCAUAAACGAUGCAGGGUGGACACUUCCUCCAUAUGCGAGGAAGGCAGAAAGCUACAUCUUCUUAGUGAAUAGCACUAACGAUACUUGGGUGGUAUUCAAAAAAUACAUGGGGGCCAGCGCCGUGGCUCAAUAGGCUAAUCCUCCGCCUAGCGGUGCCGGCACACCAGGUUCUAGUCCUGGUCGGGGUGCCGGAUUUUGUCCCAGUUGCCCCUCUUCCAGGCCAGCUCUCUGCUGUGGCCCGGGAAGGCAGUGGAGGAUGGCCCAAGUGCUUGGGCCCUGCACCCCAUGGGAGACCAGGAGAAGCACCUGGCUCCUGCCUUCGGAUCAGCUCGGUGCGCCGGCCGCGGUGGCCAUUGGAGGGUGAACCAACGGCAAAAGGAAAACCUUUCUCUCUGUCUCUCUCUCACUGUCCACUCUGCCUGUCUUAAAAAAAAAAAAGUGGAAUAAUAUAAUGAAGAUUAUUUUAAAAAUCACCAAAAAUCCACCUCUUGAGGUAACGAUAAAUAGUUUUUCAGUGUCCUACUCUCCAUUUUGUAAAAAAAAUUAUCCAUUAUAUCACAUUGCAUCUUGUAAAUAUACCAUAUGUUAGCUAUUAUUCCCUUAGUGUUUGAUAUUGAGGUUAUUCUCAAGUUUUUAUACAUAAAUGUUAUGAUGUAUAUAAACCUGUUAUGUCUUGGUGUACACAAAUCUUUUUCAGCACUUCUGGGCUUACUUCAAGAUGAUAAUUUCUAGGUUGAUAGCCUGAGGUAUAAAACCUCUUUUAAGGAUUUUAAGGGUCCGGUGCUGUGGCAUAGCCGGUAAAGCUGCUGCCUGCUGUGCCGGAAUCCCAUAUGAAUGCUGGUUUGAGUCCUGGCUGCUCCACUUCCGAUCCAGCUCUUUGCUAUGGCCUGGGAAAGCAGUAGAAGAUGGCCCAGGUCCUUGGGUCCCUGCACCCACAUGGGAGACCUGGAAGAACCUGGCUCCUGCCUUCAGAUCAGUGCAGCUCCGGCCGUUGAAGCCAACUAGGGAGUGAACCAGCAGAUGGAAGACCUCUCUCUCUCUCUGCCUCUCCUUCUCUCCCUGUGUAACUAUG